CUAGAUGCUUCACUAUUAGGUUCCAUUAAUCCCACUUCUCAGGCAGAAUUGUGCUCUAAAAUGCUCGUUUCUCCGUUCAUCCUGCUCUCUAUUCAGUAGAUGUGUCAGUCUUAUUACUUUCCAUUAUAGCUAGAGAAAAGAACCACUGAUAUCAAUCAGCUGGGAGACUUAUCUGCAUGAAGAUAGCCAUUGGUAUUCAGAGUCAGCCCAUCUUAACUGCCAACCCAGAGCACACCACAUCUCUGCACAACAGUAUCCUUCAUUUCUGGGUGGCUCAGUUCAUGAAAAAAUGGACACAGAAAAUGAGAGCAGAGCAGAUCUUGCUCUCCCAAAUCCACAAGAAUCCCCCAGUGCACCUGACAUUGAGCUCUUGGAAGCAUCUCCUCCUGCUAAAGCUCUGCCAGAGAAGCCAGCGACACCCCCACCACAGCAGACAUGGCAGACAGUUUUGAAGAGAGAUUUGGAAUUCCUGGGGGCAACACAAAUUCUGGUUGGCUUGAUAUGCCUUUGUUUUGGAACAAUUGUCUACUCUGCACUCCAUAUUUCAGACUUUGAUGAAGAAGUACUUUUAUCGUAUAGAGUGGGCUAUCCAUUCUGGGGAGCAGUGCUGUUUGUUUUGUCUGGAUUUUUGUCAGUUAUGUCUGAAAGGAAAAACACACUGUAUCUGCAGGUGAGAGGAAGCCUGGGAGCCAACCUUGUCAGCAGUAUCACUGCAGGAAUAGGGAUCGUCAUACUGAUCCUCAAUCUGAGCCACAGUUUCGCUUACAUGAACUACUGUAGGGACCUAAGCGAGGACGAUGGCUGCUUCGUGGCAUCUUUUGUCACAGAAAUGGUGCUGAUGAUGCUGUUCCUCACCAUCCUGGCCUUUUGCAGUGCUGUGCUGCUCACUACCCAUAGGCUUGGAGAAGAACUCAAAAAUAAUAAGGUCACAGAUGAUCGUCUUUAUGAAGAACUAAAUGUUUAUUCACCAAUUUACAGUGAGUUGGAAGACAAAGGGGAAGCACCUUCUCCUAUUGGUUCAUAAGCAUCAGGGGACCAGAACAAUCUGCUUCAUGGUAGACUCCUGAAAGCCAACCUUUAAAUGCCUUUACAAAAUUUUGGCAAAAUUGGUUUGCUCCACAUUCUGCCGGUUUUACAAUUAGAUUGUUUUCUGAAGCCAACAUUUUAGUUACGCUGUUUCUGAUCUUCUAACCAUCCCCCUUUUCGGGAUAUCAUCCACUCUAAUUUCCUUGUUUUGUGUCACAGUCUCACAAACAUUCGUUCUGGAUAGUCAUCAAGAAAUAAGUUAGCUCUUAUUCUAUGCCCAUAACCAUGAACAAAAGGAAAACAAGGAGGAAAUAGGCUGAGAAUUUAACUAAACUUAGAUAAUCUGGUAAUAUUUGCUCUUCAUUCUUUUUAGAAUUCUAAACAACUAUAGUUUGGCAUGAUAUACAUCUACCCAUAUUCAUUCCUACAUAUAUAUGUAUUUUUAACAUGAUAUAUAAUUUCUAUAUGGAAAUAUUUUGCACCCCAGUGAUAAUGGCUUUUUCAAAGGUACAACAUUUUAUAAAAAUAUGUGUAUCUUCUAAUUCAUCAGUAUAUUCACUAACAUAGUCAUUGUUCAGUGAUUUUUACCAAUUGUUGAGUAGUGAGUAGUAGGAAAUACCAUUAAGUCAUUCAGUCUAGUAGAUGGAUAGGCAAAAUCAAGGACACUUUGAGUGUUUUAUCAUUCAGGUAGACGUGAUGAAUGAAGAAUAAAUUGAUUAAGACUUGAGUUAAAAGGAAUUCAAUAGAAAAACAAGAAACAAUCAUGUAUAACACAUGUAGAUAAAUAUAUACCCCACAUUUGGUAGAUCUGGGCAUGUAUGCUUAGAAUCCUAGCACAAGGCCAGCCUCCAUUACAUAGAGAGUUAGAAGCCAACCUGGGUUACACAGGAUCCUACAUCAAAGGACCAAAGAGGAAAUUGGUUUAAGCUGUUAACACUUUAAAAGAUAGACAGGCAACAGUUUGACUGAUAUACUGAGUGUUUGAGUCUUUAAUAAAACUGAAUAUUAAUAACAUUGUGGGGGAGGGAAGCAGUAAUAUAGAAAUCUGAAUGGUGAAGAGUAGCAGAGACAAACUAAAUAUAGAAGCUUAAUUUUAGAUUUAUAUUCUGAGACCAUUAUGAGAUGUCAUUAAAUGAAGAAGAUCAAGAUGCUAGCAGAAUUAUUUUGAGAUAGAAUUAAGGCAAGCUAAUCUCCGCAUGCCUAUACUUAGAAGGGGAAAGUAAGGAUCAAAUCCAGAAAGCAUAACAACUGGAAAAGCAUAUUACAAAACAUCAGACAGCAGGUAGCCUAUGGUGGAGAAGAGUUAAGCAAAGAGAAAAUGAUUAAUCACCAGAGACUGACUGUACAUGGGACAGAGAAGAGAAAACAGCAAUCUUAAAUGAACACAAAAUAUAAACAGGGGUUGGGUUGGGGAGGGCAGAGGGGCAGAAUGUUUGCAAAGGUGAUUAGAGAGGAGGUUGUGAAUAGGAGGUAGUAAAAAAGCAACCGAGAAAAAUGCUUUUGUCGUUGUUGUUUAGAUUUUUAAAAGAAAUAAAAAAAAGUUCAUAACAAUCUACUUAAUGGAAUCCAAUCAGACAUGGAAAAAUCCAUUUGGAGAAUCAGUUAUCUGCCCCUUGAACAUACCUAGAACAUAUUGGGCACACUUCUAUAAAUUUUCGUAUCUUCAUACAGCCAUAAUUCCUUGCUUGACAGUCUCUCUAGCCACCGUGUGAGUAGUAGAGUGUGCUUGUGAUCUCCUUAUGCAUCAUUCAGCUGGCAUUUGUAUAAUGAAUCAGAUUUAUUUCAGUUGAUUUUUGAGCGUGCAAAUAAAGUUGAGAGAAUAUGGGGGAGUUUUGAGGAAGAAAACUGAGAGUGGAUAUGGUCAUAUUUCAUUGUACACAUUCAUGAGGUUCUCAAGAAUAAAGAAAUCAUUUAAAAAAGGAAUCGUGUAGAUUAAAACAAUUAAUUAAGUAGUGUCAAGAACAAACAGUAGUUUCUAGGGUUUUCUUCCCUACUCCUUUCCCAGUAGAACUGUGUGUGAGUAACUCUGAAGGCAGAAAACAGAAUGUGGGACUAGCUACCAACAUUUUGUAAAUAAAUUGGGUAAACAGGACGUGAUCAUGUUUUACUCAUUGCUACUGAUACUAAUUCAAUUGCUAUAUGAGUUUGAGAAAGUGGCUUCUCUUGAUGAGCCUAUAUCAUUCAUGGUUCACACAAGAGGCACAAGCUAUAGAAGGCAAUGAUAGACAGAUGGACAAGUGUAAGAAAUAAAAUACAAAUGGACAAUUCCCUAAACCAGAGGUGCAUGAGAUAGAUGUAAAUUUAUUAGGCUUUAAAUAGGCAGGAGGCAUUGGAUCCUUUCUUUUCUAGCAGCUGGUGUCUGCUUGCAUGGGCACUUUUAGUUUAUCUUAGGGCUAAAACAUUACAAUCUGUUAAAUAACUGAGGCCAUGUAUCAGGAAGGAAGAGGAAUGUUUGAGCUCCAGGAUGUACACUAGAUAAGAUUUUAAGUUCUCAGAGCACAGAACUUAAACUAGAAAAAAAUUUAAACAAAUUUGGAGUGAUGGCUGUAUCAGACAUUGGGAAGAUUUCUCCUCCAGAAGCACCCUGUCAAUGACGGAGAGCAAGCGAGCAAAGGAUUCUGUUUAAAAUAAAUAAAAACCACGAUUUCAUGCUAA